AGUCAUGCUGACAAUGUACGACUGUCUUCCAAUAAUUAUAACCGCAUUGAAGAAAGUGAAAAUUUCUAGUCUCCAUAACGGAAAAUGAAAGUGAAUAAAAUUUCAUCCUGUUUCAUAGUCACGUUCAUCCAGCUGUGUAAAUACCUAAGCAACGCUACGAUAGACAUCAACAUACCGGAGCUACACUAUUUAGCAGAUCAUUUGACUUCAGAGGAAUGCAGAAAAUUGGUAGCGGCGGCGCAUUUCAAGAACUACGAACUUCCCAACGCCCUAUCUGAAGCGGAAUUGAAAGUAACCAAGGAUUUAUCCUGCUUCCAAUUGCUCCUGCAUUGGAACUCCUCUCCCGGCGAAGGAAAAGGGCAAACUCAUGAAAUUUUAGAGCACAGGUUGCGGCAACUUGGGAAGUAUCAAUUAGCCGAUACACUCGGAAAAACCGUGUUUGAUGAAAUCGGCAAAGAUCUGGAAAUGGCCCUCGAGAGUGGAUUGAAGAAUUCGGAUAACGAGAGUACUAGCGAAGAUUCGUUUGAAGAUGCCACUGUUAAAUAUGAAGAUCCUACUGAAUGGACACCAAUCGAUAGCAUUUUGUUCAGUCUUCUGUCUGUUCUAUUAAUUGCUUGCGCCUUUGUAUGUGGCAUUGUUCUAUUUCGCUACGUUCGUCGCAAGGUGCGUCAGUGUAGGAACAAACCACCAAGAACGUACAGAAAGAUCGAGUUGAGUGAAACAUCUGAUAGUGAAUCCGAAGAAAAAUUCGAUAUCCGUAAUACAAACGUUUAUAUGUUCACAGAUUGAGAGCAAAAUUUCGAAUCUUUACAAGCUUUGUAUCUUGAUGGCAUUUAUUGAUCCACC